AUGAAGAGUGAUGGGGACGCAAAUGACAGGUCUGACGGUGAGCCAUGCCACCACUCCUUUUGCCUCAAAUUUUUCUCCCAACAAGAAAAUUCGUUUGCUCGUAUUUCUUUUGUCUGUUGUUGUUGUGGUGGUGGUGUAGUUCUUAGAAAAAAUAAAAUAAAAUCAUAA